AUGCCACGUGCUAGAAUCGAAGGUCUGCUUGCAUCUUUCCCAAAGUUAACUAGCGCUGGACAGCAACAUACUACAAUUGAGACUGAACAUGUUCGAUAUGUUUAUCAGCCACUUGACGAGCUUUAUAUGGUUCUUAUUACAAAUAGACAGUCCAAUAUCUUACAAGAUAUUGAAACCUUACAUCUGUUCGCUCGUGUGGUUUCGGAUAUAUGUCAUUCAACUGACGAGAGAGAGAUUUUAAGAAAUAGCUUCGAAUUGUUGAGUGCUUUCGAUGAAAUCGUAUCCUUAGGGUAUCGGGAAAAUGUCAACCUCGCUCAGAAUAAAGAGCAAGAAGCUAAAGAAGAAUUAAAAAGAAGGGCUAAGCAAUUGGAAAUGCAAAAAAAAGAAAUGCUCAAAAGAGGAAGUGGCACUUCGUUCGGAAGCAGUUUUGGUCAGUCUAUUAAUAGACCGUCUUCUUAUUCCGAACCACAAGUGCAAACAUCCUUUGAAGAGGGUAUACGUUCUACGUAUAGUAGUUCUCCAACGCCAUCACCUUCUAAAGCUAAGGGUAUGCAAUUAGGCCGAAAACAGAAGGGUGCGGAUUUGUUUGAGGCUGUUAAGAAUGAAGUCGGAUUUGAUGAUGUAUCCGAAAAGACUAGUGUUAAAGGCACAUCUAUUCCAAAGGUCCCCGUUGAAAGUGUUCACUUAUCAGUCACUGAAAAGAUAUCUCUUCAGGCUAACAGAGACGGUGGCCUCGAAAAUUUAGAGGUAAAAGGAGAUUUGGAACUUACUAUUUCCGAUCCAAACAUGACACGAAUCAAAAUUUCUGUUCGUGCAACACAUCCGAAUGUUGACAAGAAAUUAUUUUCUACCGACAGCAUUAUUGCUUUGAAAAACCCUGGUAAAGGAUUUCCUGUUAAUCAGCCAUUGGGUGUUCUCAGAUGGCGAUUCAUUACAAAAGAUGAGACAUUAAUUCCGUUAUCAAUAAAUUGUUGGCCUUCCCCUGCUGGUGAUGGAACAAUCGAUGUUAAUAUUGAAUAUGAAUUAGAAAGUGAGAAUCAGGAAUUUAAAGAUGUAGUGAUCUCCAUUCCAUUGCCUCCUGGUGGAAAUCCUGUUGUUGGUGAUGUUGAUGGCCAUUAUGAAGUAAAUAGACAAACUAGAACCCUAGAGUGGCAAUUGCCUAUUAUCGAUGCGUCUAACAAACAAGGGUCGCUUGAGUUCAAUAUUGCUGGCGAUGACGUUAAUGUGUUCUUCCCUGUUGGGGUUUCCUUUAUAAGUGAAAAAUUGUUUUGUGACAUAGAGGUGUUGGAUGUACUCCAUACUGAAUCAGGAGCUUCUGUGACAUUUUCUAAAGAAGUGAUUUUAUCGGCUGAAGAGUAUCAUGUUGUAUCGAAUAUGCUCGUAGGAUCUCUUGCGGUUAGUGGUAUAAUACGAGACCAAGUCUUUAUGCUAUUCGCAGUUAUCCGCAUAUUUUUUGAACGUAUUGAACGAUUACACAGAAUCCGUACGGAUGAUCAACGAUUCGCAUAUAACGAUAAAUGA